UUGCGACUGGCCUGCGAGCCAGUAAUAAACGAGUUACCAAGUUAACCGGUCGUAUCAUUUGCUCCGUCUAUUACACUGGCGAACGAGUGUGUGAUUACCCGCGUUAUAAAAUAUUAACAGUUAUGUCUUUUUUGGGAAAUAUUUCGGUUUUCGACCAUAAAUCCGGCGAGUGGUCGAUAUUUAAAGGUCGAUUAACGCAGUUUUUCAAAAUAAAUGAUGUAAAAGUUGCAAAUAAAAGUGCAGUGUUGAUAACGCACCUAUCGGAUGAAACCUACAGGUUAUUACGUAACCUAGUUUAUCCAAAGGACAUAGACGGUUUGAGUUACGACGACCUAGUUCAAGUACUCGAUGCUCAUUUUAAACCCAAGCAGUGCUCAUUCGCGGAUAAGGCCAAGUUCUACGGGGCCACAAGGAACCCAGGUGAAUCCCUCGGAGAAUGGGCGGCACGUCUCAGGGGCCUAGCGAGCUUCUGUAACUUCGGUACCGCCCUGGAGUCAACGCUUCUGGAUCGCUUCGUUCUCGGACUGGGAAUGGGGCCAGAACGUGAUAGGCUCUUCGAGCAAGAUUCAUCGGACUUGACGUUCGCGAAGGCGCUGGAGAUCGCGGAACGGGCCGAGUGUGCUAGAGAGGCAAAGGCGUUGGUGACCAAUGGAGCCGGCGUGGUGAUCCAGCAGGAGCCGGUAUACCGCGUGGCGAGCGAGCGCGGGGGCGCGCCCCGCCGCCCGCCGCCGCGCGCCGCCCCUGCAGCCGCCGCCCCCGGGGACCAGCGCGACCAACAUGUCUCUCGAUGUUCUGUGUGUGGGUUGAAAAACCAUAGUGAACUAAAGUGCCGAUUUAAGUCAUUUAAGUGCCAAAAAUGUGGAGUGAAAGGUCACUUGCGUAAAAUGUGCAAAUUACGGGUAAAUAACAUAGAAACCGAGGAGAAUGAUUCUACCUGUGAGGACUGUAAGGAAUGCAGCUUAUUUAACAUGAGGUAUGAGAAUUAUGAACCUAUAACUUUACCUGUUAAAAUAAAUAAUGAACAAUAUUGCAUGGAAAUAGAUUCUGGUUCUGGUAUUUCGGUCAUGUCACAUAGUUUUUACAGUGAAAACUUUGAGGGAAAUAACUUAAACCCAUGCUCAAUUAGAAUGUGUUUUUACAAUGGUCACAAACUUACCCCACUUGGAUAUUUUUGUCAAACUGUUACGUAUAAUAAUAUGUCAAAACCAAUCAAAUUCUAUGUCAUUGAAAAUGGAGGCCCCCCACUUUUAGGUAGGGAUUUUAUGGCAAAAUUUGGUGUAAGUUUAAUAUCAAUUAAUAACAAUAACAUCAUUGUAAACCAGUCUGAUAAUGAAAUUCAUAAAUUUAUGACCGCAUAUCCUGGCUUGUGGAGCGACGGCUUAGGUAAAUUUAGCCAAUUUCAAAUAAAGCUACGCUUAAAAGAAAAUUCAGAACCAAAAUUUUUCAAAGCUCGUUCUGUGCCAUUUGCACUUAAAGAUAAAGUCGACCAAGAAUUAGAACGGUUAACCGACCUAGGUAUAUUAGUACCUACGAACUAUUCCGACUACGCCACUCCUAUUGUUCCGGUAUUAAAAGAUAACGGUAAGGUACGAAUCGCCGGGGAUUACUCGCUGACACUAAAUAAAGAUAUGUAUAUCGACAAAUACCCGAUGCCGCGCAUAGAGGAGGUGUUUGCCAAAGUAGGUGGGGGAGAAAGCUAUACUAAAAUUGAUCUCAGCAAUGCCUAUAAUCAAUUUGAAAUAGAAGAGGACUCUCAAUCUCUUACCACCAUAAAUACGCCCCGCGGACUCUUUAAAUAUACACGGUUAGUGUACGGACUAGCGAAUGCCCCCGCUAUCUUUCAGCGAACAAUGGAAACAUUGCUGGCCGGAGUAGAGGGAGUCAGCUGUUGGCUCGAUGACGUAUGUGUAACGGGACCUACUAGGGAAAUACAUUUACAGAGGUUACGACAGGUAUUAGAAAGGCUAAACAAUGCUGGGUUAAAAUUACAAAAAGAUAAGUGUGAAUUUUUUAAACCCAGCGUCACAUACCUCGGUUACGUUAUCGAUAAAAAUGGAAUCAGAACGUGCCCUAAGAAAGUUGCAGCCAUUAUGGAGUCCCCAGCGCCUAAAUCUGUAACGGAAGUAAAACGCUUUCUAGGUAUAAUAAAUUACUAUCGUAAUUUUAUACCUGGAGCGUCAACAAUACUGAGUCCGUUGCAAAAUUUAUUGCGUAAAGACGCGCCGUGGACUUGGUCUGACCGCGAGGAGCAAGCGUUCCAGCGCAUUAAGCGGGAGCUGGCUUCAGACAGAGUGCUGACUCACUUCGACCCGGAGGCGCGGCUAACGCUGUGCGUAGACGCGAGUCCCACGGGCCUCGGCGCCUACCUUGCGCAGGGGGAGGAGGGCCACGAGCGCCCGCUCGCUUUCGCUUCCAGGUCACUGUCAGCAAGUGAACGUAAUUACAGUCAGAUUAACAAGGAAGCUGCUGCCAUUAUAUUCGGUGUGAAACAUUUCCACCAAUAUUUAUAUGGUCGAGAAAUCCCUUUUAUUCUGAAAACAGACCACAGGCCACUCUUAGCUAUAUUUGGCAAGAAAAACGGUGUCCCGGUAAUGACGGCGUCACGACUCCAGCGUUACGCAAUAUUUUUGAGUGCGUAUAAUUACGACAUUCAGUAUAUAGCCGGCGAUAGGAAUUCCGUCGCCGAUUACUUUUCUAGAAUGCCCGUGAGUGACAGUUUUGUUGAGCCGGAAGAAUGCGCAGGAAGAUCAUUAAUAAACUUUAUUGUUAAUGAGACAUUGCCUAUAUCUUUUCAUGAUAUAAAAAAAGCCACAGCUUCUGAUGCAACUCUGAAAACAGUUAUAAAAUAUUUAUUAAUUGGAUGGCCUAAAAAAGUAAAAUGUAAAAAUAUUUUACCAUAUUUCAACUGCAAAAAUGAUUUAGAAAUUGAUAACGGUUGUCUAAUGCGAGGUCACAGAAUAAUUAUCCCGCAAGUUUAUAGAACUCGGAUGAUCCACGAGCUGCAUAAAGGUCAUUUAGGCGUGGUUAAAACCAAGAGCUUAGCGCGUACAAAGAUGUGGUGGCCCGGCAUCGACGGCGACAUACAGCGCAGCGUGCUGGCCUGCAGCACGUGCAGCGCGCUGCGCCCCGCGCCCCCCGCCGCGCCGCCCGCGCCCUGGCCGCGCGACCCCGCGCCCUGGACCCGUCUGCACAUUGACUACAUGCAGUUCGCUCAGAGAUUCUACCUCAUUGUUGUAGACAGCCAUAGCAAAUGGGUUGAAUGUUUACACAUGUGUAAUUUGUCCACGAAGUCUCUAAUUCAGAGAUUAAAAUUACUAUUUUAUACGUUCGGGAUUCCCCAUGUCAUCGUAUCAGAUAACGAUCCUAAGAUAUCCAAUGAGGAGUUUACCUACUUUUGUUUAUCGAACGGGAUCAAGCAUAUAACUUCCCCCAUCUAUCACCCAUGCAGUAACGGUCAGGCUGAGAACUCGGUAAAGACGUGUAAAAAAAUGUUAAAAUGUAUAUUUGAAACAAAUAUGAAUGCUUCAGUUGAGCAAGUGAAUGAGAAGUUGUCCAGCUACCUGUUUGAAUUUCGCAACAGCGUGCACUGUUCCACCGGUGAGUCACCGGCCAAGCUGAUGUUCGGCCGCGAGUUACGCGGGAAACUCGACCUUAUUAUGCCACCUCAGAAACAAACAAUAGUUCCGAACAUAGAUAAGGCCGACUGUAGACAAUUUGAUAUUGGACAAAAGGUAUUAGCGCGAUAUUUUGUAUCAGGUAAGCCUAACUGGACAUUAGGAAAAAUUAUUAAUAAAUUAGGUAGUAGAAUGUAUGUGGUAGAAAUUAAUGAUAUCGAAUGCAGGAGGCAUGCUGAUCAGUUAAGACUUUACCAUGAACCGAUAGCAAGCUCGGAAUGUUUGGUACCUUCCGCCAGCGCUCCACAAGUUCAGCCUCGUAACGACACAUCAUUAUCGCCAGCAUCAGUAAAUCCUGAAAUGGCCUUAGAGACAUCGGGACCUCCAACAGCUCCGCCAAAUUUAGAUAAUGAGUCAUCAGUUGAUGAGUUUCACGAAUGUGACUCGGAGGUUGUUGCCGGUCCUAGUUUAGAGUCGCCCGCGACGCCUGCGGGGGCGCCGGUAGCGGUGCGGGGGGAGGACGCGCGGCCGCCGCACUCGCAGCUGAGGACAGCUGUCACUGACAAUGUAACUGCGGAAAGUCAGAGUGCGGCCACUGCUGCACCUCAUGGCCCCUAUAAUUUAAGGCCUAGAAGUAAAGUUAUUACCUAUAAGUAAAUUAAGUAUUAUUGGUUUAUUGUUUACGUGUAUAUUUUAUAUUGUUGUCAGGUUCGAAGACUAAUAAGGGAGGAGUGCCAUGUACCAUGAUAGCAUAAGCAUUGCGACUGGCCUGCGAGCCAGUAAUAAACGAGUUACCAAGUUAACCGGUCGUAUCAUUUGCUCCGUCUAUUACAGAUAU